AACUUUAAACAAUGUUCAUCGCAUGGGAUCAGAUUUAAAACACAGCGCUGUAAUGUAUAAUAGUUCAUCACCUCGAAUGUCACCCUCCAAAUUUAAUCCUGUACCUGGAUCAAGUCAUGUUUGCAGAGUUUGUUCAAAAAACUUUUCGAGCAAGCAGUUUGUUAGACAUUCAUAUGCGUGUACACGUUGGUGCAAAUACCAUUUGUAUGUCCUAUCUGUGGACACCGCGCAAACUCAAAAAGGGAACUUGAAACUACAUAUGAAAAAAGCAUCAUGGUGCGGACUUACCACCGCACAUUGAUUUGGUGCCUUGAUAGUGGAAUUUGGGGGCCAUCCACAAGAAAUUGCUUUGAGUGCAAGUCUUGAAGAUGAACUUACUGAUGCUUCUGGGAAAGAAAAAAACAAGUUGCUCCAAGCUGUGAGCUCAUUACUCAAUGAGGAAAUAGUUGAACUUAUUAAAAAAUGCCAGAAUAAUGUCGGACAAGGCAUGACGGGCAGAAUUUACAGAAAGUUUAGAGGAUUUUUAUUCGAAUAGCUAAAAGCAAGGCAGAUGGUGGUGCAGAGCUAAUGGACACAAUUACUGACACUUCAAUGCUCAAACACUAUGAAAGCAUACCACCUGGUCGUCCUAAAAAGAAACGGAACUCUUCAGAUUUAAACCUUACAGUCCUAAUAGUUCACAAUCAAUGAUUCACUUGACUGCAAGACUUUGGCCUGAAAAGUGAAAUACAAACUGAAAAUAAACGAAAUGUCUUCUGUGUGGAAAAUCUUUCAAGUGUGAUGCUCGUCAUAUAGCUGCAAUGAAUCGUAUUUGUGACACAUGUACACAACUUCGGGAAUAUUCUAGCAUAAUUACUAGCCAGUUACUUUUGAAUAAAAGUUCUCAAAAAGGCACAAUUGACUCAGACUCUCCAGCUACUAUCAAUGGAGUGAUAACAGAGAUGGCUGCGAAACCCUCAAACAAAAAAGUUUUGAGUUGCAAUUUCUGUGGAUCUGUUUUUGUAGACAAAACUGAACUCAAGACACACAAACUGACUUUUCAUCGGCCUAAAAGCGAGCCAUCCUUUGAAUCAACAAAAACUGAAUUUCUAAAUUCUCUUGGUCUCGUAUCAAAGUCAUCAUCAAAUUCACAUCUUGAUGAAAAAAGAUGUUCAAGGCAUGUUGAAGGGUUGAAUCCAAUAUUAAGUUCUGCUAUUUGGAAUGACUCAAAAAACAAUGAUAAAAGUGUUAUUAUUUCUGAAACGAAACCAACAACGAAGAUUAUAAGUGGAAAGAAUCAAGUUUCUCUUGUCAGAGCAAGUUCUGAAAGCAAGUUACAAAUCAGCUCACAAAAUCGUGCGAGUCCUGGUGUUUUAAAUAUGCUUCGACAAACUGUGCUCAAUUCAGUCGAACAAAAAAUGGUAUCUAGUAAUUCUAAUCUUACGUCUUUAAAACCUACCAGUGAAGUGGAUGAAGUAGCCGAGUCUGAUGAUGUGUUCAAAAAAGAUAUUGACGCAAACCUAAACCAGAUAUCCAAAUCACCCUUUCGCAAUCCAGCAAUGCAGUCUCUUGCCGAAAUUGGAAAAUCCUUGCCUGCAGAAUUAUCCGAACAAGAACCAGAAUUAUUGAACCAUUUUUCUGAUGUCAUGCCUAGCAUUCUUCACGAUACAAACAGGCCUAGACUUUCUGGCAGUCUUUCAUCUUUAUUUUUCGAUAUCCAGGAGCAAGAAAAUGGAGGGUUCAAAUGUCAAUUCUGUCCGAAAUGGUUCAAAUAUAGAAGCGUAUUAGAAAUUCACAUGCGCUCUCACACUGGCGAACGUCCUUAUAAAUGCCCUUAUUGUGAAUAUGCAGGCACUCAACAAAACUGUUUGAAGCUUCAUAUACAACGUCACCAUCCAAGAGAAUAUAAUAAACAUCAUAAUGAAAUUGUCAGCUCUGUGAAACCACCUGAUUUAUCAUUGUCAUCUGCUUCACCUGAUGUCUCCUCCAAUCGAAUGUCUUGCUUUUCUCCUGUUGAAUGCCCAAUAUGUGGAAGAGUGUCACCUUCUCCUGGAUAUCUAAAAAUUCAUAUGAGAUCUCAUAAAAAAAGUUUGGAUCACGUUUGUCCUGUUUGUGGAAGAGGAUUCAAAGAAUAUUGGUAUUUGAGCACUCAUUUGAAAACUCAUGAACGAGAACUUGGUUCAAUGAAUUAUAAUUUACCACAAUCACAAUCAUUGAAUACUCACAUAGAACAAUCCAAUUUUCCCUUACAAGCAUUUUCAAAAAGUGCUGUUGCCCAGGCCAUUGCCAAUAUCCAGUUACAAAAUAAACUUUUGGACACAGCAGCACAAUCAAGCAGAGAGUUUGAACUGCUUUCAUGUCACAAGCAGAUGAAAGAAAAUGAAAUGAAAAAACACAUAUUCAGCCAUGAGUUUGAGCCUAGCAGAAGACAAAUUUUAAGCAACGGUAAUGUAAAUAAUUCUAACCACAUUGUGCGAAACUCUCCUGUGCAGAGCGAAUGGUUGUCCAGGAAUGACUCGGGCGAAAAUGAACAUUCAAUGGACAAAAUGAAAAUAGGCUCAUCGAAACAGAAUAAAUUUGAAGUGUCUAGUAUUGUAAAAACAACAUCUCAUACGAGUCGCAGAAAAGCGUCUUGUCCAUCCAGAAUUACAUCUGUUCCAUAUAAAGUAAUCAAGUCGACGAACUACCACAACAAUCUACAAUCUCAAAAUGUGACAAUAUCGAGUGCAGACAGACGAAAGAGUAGACCGAGGAAGAAUUAUCAGGGAACAUAUCUGGCACCAACGUUGAAUGAAGUGAAUUUUGGAACAACAAGUGACGAAGCCAAGAACACAACAAAGUUUCAUUCAGAAGUUGAUUCUCCUCAAUUCAGUGACAAAAUUAAUGAUGAAUUGCCUUUGGAUUUGAGUUGCUCAACAGGAAAAUGGAAAAGUGGAAAUGACGAAGAUCAAAACAACAAUGCUCAUGAUGAACCAUUGAACCUCAGCAAAUCAUAAAUUUCAAUUAAAAAAGACAAAACAUGUUGAAAUGUGCUUAUUCUGUUGAUAUUUUGUUUCAUUGGCUAAAUAGACAAUUUUUUUUCCUUCACAUGAAACAUUUUUCAAAAUUUGGUCAUAAUUUCAAAGACGCCUUCAAGUUCAAUACACUUGAGAGAAUGUAGCAAGUGUUAUCUCUUGUUAAUAUUUUAUAAAGUUUCUAAACACAAAUCCUGUUGAAAUAAGCUUUUUUUUCAAAGUAUCGAGUUUGGAUCAAUUUUUUUUCUGUGCUCACAAGUUCUUUUUAUUAUUAUUAUUGACAUAUUUUUGUCAAAUUUUUUUUGUGAACCUUUUCACUCGUGGUCUUUAUUCAAUAAUUCAUAAAUCGACUUUCUUGGACUAAAAAUAAUUAAAUUGUGUCCGUAUAGCGCUUCAAUUAUAUGCCAUUAUUGCAAACGAGUAAUAUUUCAUUGGUGUUUUUUUUAUAUAAAGUCAUUAUUUUUUCAUCCAAUUUUUUCGUUGUUAUAUUUUUUGCCCAUAAAUUAUUAAUGGCAAUUGCAAUACCUACGCAUUUACCAUGACACAACAAUAACUGUGAUCGUAAGAAAAAACUAAUUUUUUUUGACAAUACCGAGAGGGUAUGGCACACAUGUGUUGCGUAAAAAAUGAAAAAUUCAUGCCGAAACAUUUUUGAGUUUAAUAUUUAUGAGAGAACUUUCAGCCUUUGUUUUUAGAUUAUAAAACCCUGGAAUCCAUUUCUAACUUUAAAUUGCUCUAAAUUAGAUUACUCUGUUAUUGAUGUAGGAAUAGUUUGGGAAGCAUUGUGUCUAGUAUCAACAAGUCAAAGGAGUCAUGCAUCCAUUUACAGUUUCUUUAAACUACUUUCAGUCAUAUUAUGGCCACUAUUGUCUGUCUAUAAGAGGUGUUCCAAUAGCGGGAUUCUCCAAACACAAUUUUAAUGAUCUAAGCACCACAAUCUUCAUUUUUAAAUACUUAUAUUUUUGAAAUUUUGUGAUUUUUCUUCACAAUUUUGGUACCAUGUCAAAAAAAUUUAAAAUCUGUUUUAUUCAGAAAUAUUUGAAUAUUUUUUGCUUUAAUUCUAGCAUUUAAGCUCAUUGUGUAUUGAUUGAUUUCAGAAUUUUUGUGCCUAUUGCAUUAAUUGUGAUAUAAUACUUUCUAUGAAUUCACACUUGGGGGAUUGGUUUGUAUUUGCAAGCCUGUCUUGUUCCUCCCAAAACCUAAUUCUUAUAUUUCUUCAACCAAAUUUUGCAUGCUGCUUAUGCUGUUUUCAUUUGCAUCAUUCGGCUCGUGGCUUCACUGCCUCAACUACCCACUGUUGUUUUUAGUAACUUGCAAGAAACAACACUGUCGCUGGUACCAUGUUUUUCAGCUCCCGAUCAUAACAGUGGAAUUUAAUUCAUAAUUCAGCUCAUGAGGUAACAAUAACACAUAUGAAUGCAUGGACCUUUAAUUGUCUUGCCAACAAAAAAUCACUUCUUAACAAGGAAACUAUAUGAUAGUUUUCGAAGUGUCUAAUCAUAUAUCUGCGUAUGACAUAUGAAUACAUUUUUAAACUCAAUAUUAUACUGACAAAAAAAAACAUUGUUGAGAUGGAAGGGAGUUAUCUUUUAAUAAUGCUUUCUCUACUAAACCUUAUCUCAAGUAAAACGAAUAUUAACCACCAUUAUUCUCACAGUUGCCAGAUAGUUUUCUGUUAUAAUACAAGUUGUUCACUUUUUCCAACCAGUAAAAAUUCAACUGUAUACAAUCAUGAAAAAAUAUAAUGAUGCAGUUCUACUGGGAAACGGGAGCCAAUGCUUGUACUUAUACUUGUAACUAGAACAAUGUUGUUGUUUUUUAAUAUUAGUUGCCAUGUCAUUACAUUCAUUUAAACAUUUUCCAUUAUUGAAGUAGGCUUUUCCCAACCCCCUGAUCAAUGCUAAUGCUAAAUUAUUUUGUAAAAUGACUACAUUUGGAAAUAUAUAGAUUUUUCAAUUAGAUCAAUUGCGCUGAAAGGGCCAGUCAUGAUAUAUGAGGUUUGUUCAACGUUUAAAGUAUACAAUGGUAACUACUAUCCAUGAUUAUAUCACUAGCCUCUAGAUAAAAUGGAAACAUGUUAGUAUUGUGGUGUCCAUAUCAUGUGAAUUUAUAUAUUAAGAACAUUUUAUUUACUUCAAAUUAUUCUUACUGUUACCUAUAAUCAUGUCAUUACAUUGUGGCCCUUUUUUCGAAUCAUGCUUUUAUUGAAUUCUUCAGCAAUAUUUAUUAUAUAUUGUAUCAUAUAUAAUUCUCUUGCUUUUAUUUUGCCAUCUAGUCAGAAAGCUCACACAUUGAUCACUCACAAGGGAUUCAAUAAAAUCCUUCACUGUUGCCGUUUUGGCCGUGCCUAUUUCACUUGAGUAAUUGAUCCAAAGUUUCAGGAUCACUACUAGCAGCCCGUCACUAUGUAUGCCAAAACUUUUUGUUGAAAACAUACACAACAUGUAAAAGCUUAUUAUUUGUAUGCAGUUUUUAAAUUUUAGAUCAAAAACAAAUCUGCGAUCAAAUAGAAAAAAAAUUUUUUUCUAAUAUUAUUGUUUUGAAGUGUUAGAAAAGUUUUUGCAUUUUAUUUCAAUUGCCGUAAUUUUAUGCGAUAGACACGAACAAACAAAAUUCAUUCAAUGUAGUUGCCAUUUAUGCAUUUUCUCACGCUUUCCUCACGCUCAAAGAAUAAUGAAUUCUAGUUUACUUUUGUGUUACAUAGUUCUGUGCAGAAUCUGGUUCAGAUACUGGAUUAGUUUUUCUUGUUUCUUGUAUAACCUGAACAUCACCAAGCUAAUAUCUUGCUUAAUUGUAUAAACACUGUUUAUUUAUUGAACGUACUUUAAUUAAUUAACCUAUAUUCUGUCCCUCUGAUACCUGAUGGCAGAUUCAUAAGACAUUCGCCUAAACUACUUGCUGUUUUGGAAUGAAUUGUAUUUAGUUUAGUUUUGCCAUUCGUUAAUCACACUGUUUAGGCAUAUUUAUUGUAUCAGUAAUGCCCGACAAUGAACUCAUUUUAAUUUGGCAUAGAAUAGACGAACUUUUGUUAAGUUUAAUAAGCUUAUCAUGCAGAUAAAAUCUGCAAUUAUGCACCCGCCUUUAAACUAGCAUGCUGAAUCGUUAUAAUCAUCAGUAUACUGUUGUAAUUUUUCUUUCUAGUCUCUGAAUUGAACUUCAAUAAAUCUUGCUUUAUUCAUAUCA